AAUCAAUAGAGUCAUAAAAAAAAAAUUUUGGCGAAAUGGAGGCAUAGACACAUAACUCUCAAAAAAAAAAUCUUUCAAAUGCCUAGGAGGCAAUUCAGCCCAUAAUUUUGUUCGUCUUUCAGUAGAUAUGGGCGGCCUGGAAGAAGUCAUAAUCUCUCACUAGUCUGAAAAUUUUUUCUGUAUUUGCAACUCCAUAUCCCCAGAGUAUCAAAAUAAAAUGAUACUGUUCUGGAAACUCUGUUACGCACUGACCUUAUGUACAGCAUAACGGCCGUUAUUAAUUAGAUGCCGUUAUACAUAUGAAGGACAGCAUACUAUUUGACCGUUAUAACGUCCGUUUUAAUUUCCUAACGAGGAGGGAGGGGAAGAUAAGUAGACAACCCCUGGCUGGCUCCAGUUCUUAUGUCUGUAGGGGAAGGACUCAUCAUUGCCCUCACCUGCCCGGUGAGCGUAGUGCGAAGUAUAAAAUUUGGAGAACCAUUGGAAUGUAACUUGAACGGUUGGAAACGGGUGGUACGCCGAGGCAUAUGAAUUGGUGACUGGAUUCGAGGCCGUAUCUUGCCUUGGUGCUCCCCCAUGUGAGCAACUGUACGUCCCUCGGAAAAUUAUGCACCCGUCUCUACUGUCCACCUUCCCCCUCCUCUUUUUUUUUUUUAUUUUCUCCCCCUUCUUGCCUUCCCUUCCAUCAAAAAGGUCCUUUUAACGGAGACUCUCUCUUCUCGCAUCUUUCUUUUCCCACUGAUGCAGUCUCCUUUUCUUCUCUUGUUGUAUUCUUUUCUAUUCUCUAUUCUCUACGGUCGUUUAAGAUAACGUACACAUUUUACUGUCAUAAUCUCUCUCUCUCUCUCUCUCUCUCUCUCUCUCUCUCUUUUCUGCUAUCUGCCAACCUUCUGCUAUCUGCCACUGUUUGACUAAUCUCUGGAUCUACCCAGAGGCAAACAAAUGAGUAAAAACGCAAUAAAAAACAAGAACCUCCUCAUGAUUCCUUGCAGCCUUUUACUUACUCUACUCUCACACUAUCACAGUAAAAGCCUCUGCCACUCGGCGACUCCCUCCCUCCACUUCCCUAUUCUCUUUCUCAUCUCAUUCAUUCAUUUGGUGGCAGUCAAACCCAUAUUCCCAAAUGAAAGUGAUUGUUGGUAUUAAAUCUAUCUUAAUCACUGCCUUUCCUUUUGGCCUCGCUGUUUCCAUCACUUCCCCACUCUGUAUAAUGGUCAUUUUAGAGCGCGCGAGAGAGAGAGAGUAGAGGAGGCAGACGCCUGUGGCUUCCGUAUUGAAGUGGAACCAUCUCAUUUGUCAAUUUCUCAUGUCUUGUUCUUUUCCACUGCUGCUUUCUCUCCCUUGUAGAGGCGAGACCACGCUCAUUUAUUUCUCUCCCCGCCAUUUCCCUAGCUUCUCUUCAGAAUGGUGAACUCUAAAGCACUAAAAUAAGCACAUACGCGCACUCAAAAAGGCAGUUCCCUUUCCGCCUUCUCAGCCUCUCAUCCACUAUACUCAAAAAAAGUACUAGAAACCGCAACCUCUAUCAACUUCAUGGCUUAAGGCAGGGGUCCCAUGACUAUGAGCUCAGUGACCCAUGACCUCCUCUUCCUCUUAACACUUCUCAAUCUCCUCCUCCCCACCUCCUGCCUUGCUAAAUCCUCACUCUCCUCCCCUCAGGGAAUGCUGAUGGAAGAGAAGAUCAGGCUGGGAUCAACGCCACCCAGCUGCCACAACAAGUGCAACGAGUGCAACCCUUGUACGGCGGUCCAGGUCCCCACCCUCCCAGGCCCGGCCGACCCCGGCCUGGGCCGGCCGGUCGGGCAGGCCCGCCCAUUGGCCGACCAGCCCUCUUACACCAUGUACUCCAACUACAAACCUCUGGGGUGGAAAUGCCGGUGCGGCAGCCACCUCUAUAACCCUUAGAAAUGGAGAACUAAGAAAAGGGGCAUCUCUUUUGGGAUCAAUGGUUGCUGGAUUUCGGAAGACCCAUUAGAAAUGGAUAGGUUUCUUCUCAUUCUUUGUUUACUAGUUUCUGUUUUGAUUGGUUUUAGUACUUGCUGCCAUUUUUGUUGUGGGUUUAAUGAGGUGCGGUGUCCCUGGGAUUGUGAAGCAGCUGCCAUUUGAAAAUGAGGUGCGGUGUCCCUGGGAAGAGAACGGAGGCACACACUGAGAGUACUAGCGUGGUAUUUGUUACGCUUAUUAGGAGUUAUUAAUUGAUGCUGAAGCAGCUGAACGUAUGGAGAAGCCGUGAGGGAACACUCUGGGUCUCAUUUAUCUGCUCUCUUAAAUGGGAGGCCACCCCCAUUUAUCAGUCAUUACUGUUUCCUAUUCUCUUGUCACAUUUCUGAGGGCCUGCAGUUAUCUUCUUGGGAUUCUCCAUGAUGGAACCCAGAGUGUUAAAUAGUGUGAGAGAGCUCUCUCUCGCUGUGGGUAUGAUUUGACAACUAGUUGUGGUCGGGCGUAGUUGGGGCUUUUUUUUUUUGGCUAGCCUCCUAUUUUCAAAUGACGCAUGGAAAAAGCUCAUGGCCAACCUUGAGUCUUGAAUUGGUUAUCCGUCUGAGCCGCAUGAUCUGUAACACUGUCACCGAAGUAUAAUUGCUGUAUCUCAAAAAUGAAUUGAAGAAACUUAUAUCAUGAAA